UACCUUGAUUUUGUUUGUUGAAAUAAUGCUGCUAUCAGGAUGGAAAAGGAUGUAAUACUGUUGUUUGACGCCAACAAAUAAGAGCUAGCUUUUGUAAUCUCAAGUCAGUCUCGUACAGUAGAUACAAAAAAUGCAGAACGUUGAAAAUGCCAAUGAUAAUAACACCCAAUACAUGUCUGACAACAUGGAUAUUGUUGAAGAAACCACCAGAGUACGAGAAGAUAAUGGAAUAUGGGAUCGACUAAUGACCAGAGUGAAACAAAAGCCGAAAGAGGGAAAACAUCGUUACAUUAUACCAAGUCACAUGCUCGAUGGAGAAGGACUAGAUGAAGGAGAUAAACAGAAGCUUGUCAUGCAAAAAUACUACUUGAAUAAUCAAAUCCGAACAACAAAAUAUACUGUACUCUCAUUUUUGCCAAAGAAUCUCUUUGAACAAUUUCAUCGAUUCGCCAACUGUUAUUUUGUUUUCAUUAUUUUGCUGAAUUUUGUUCCUGCUAUCAGUGCCAUUCAACCUAUCUUAUCCAUGAUUCCUGUUAUUGUUAUAUUGCUUGUUCAAGCCUUAAAAGAUGUCGUUGAAGAUUAUGGCAGAUAUAAAUCUGAUGGAUUAGUCAACAAUAGUAAGACAGAAGUAUAUAAAAGGUCGGAUGGAAAAUAUCACAGUACAAAAUGGAAGAAUGUGAAAGUCGGAGACAUCGUUCGAUUAUUCUGCAAUCGAGUCAUUCCUGCUGAUAUUCUUCUUCUACAUUCAUCUGAUCAACACGAUGUUUGUUACAUUGAAACUUCAAACAUUGAUGGAGAAACAAACCUCAAACAGAGAAUGGUUUGUAAAGGAGUUGGACAGCACUUUGAUGCCAAAAAUUUCACAAGUAUUAUUCAAUGUGAAAAACCUAAUGCACAGAUUGAUCGAUUCACUGGAAACAUAAUAAGUCGACCAGGCACUCGAGAUUCAGUGAGUAAAGAAAAUCUUUUGUUGAGAGGAUGCGUCAUCAGAAACACUGACUAUGUGGAAGGAAUUGUAGUUUAUGCAGGUCACGAAACAAAGGCAAUGCUGAAUAAUAACGGGCCAAGGUAUAAGAGAAGCAAGUUAGAAAGAAUGAUGAAUACAGAUGUGAUAUGGUGUGUUGUCUUAUUGAUCAUCAUGUGCCUCACUGGUGCCAUCGGUAACGGUGUUUGGGCUGCUUAUCAGGCUGGAUCUGGCAGAGAACAAACUGUCCUUUUUAUUCCAUUGACUGGAGACGAUGAAAACCUGAGUCCUGCUUUAUCUGGAUUUUACAUGUUUUGGACAAUGGUCAUCUUGCUUCAGGUAUUAAUUCCAAUCAGUUUGUAUGUAUCGAUUGAAAUUGUCAAAGUUGGUCAAGUCUUCUUUAUCAACAAUGACGUUGAGAUGUAUGAUGAAGACAGUGAUAAAAAUCUAGAAUGUCGAGCGUUGAAUAUAACAGAAGAUCUCGGCCAGGUUCAAUAUAUAUUUUCCGAUAAAACUGGAACACUUACAGAGAAUAGCAUGGUAUUCAGAAGAUGUACAGUAGGGGGUGUUGAUUAUCCUCAUGCAGCUAAUGCUGCUCGAAUUGAAAAUAAAGAACCAUCUCCACCAGAUAUGAAUCCUGCGAAAAAUUCUGUAUCAAGAUCUCGUGUAAGUGUAAGAUCUGGUGUGAGCAGUGGAUUUCACCGAGAUAACGAACAUAGGUCAAGCUAUAGGAGACCAGCAAGCAGUGUUCGUGCUCAUCACAGGCGAAAUCCAAGUUCAUUAUCUGUCCAACAACUCAGAAACACAACUGCGCCAGAACAUUUACCUGGAUCUUCUAAUCCUAUUGAUGCCGUAUCAGCUUCGAAUACCCCUGCUGCUAUGAGAAGAGCUGGCUCUGCACGGGAAAGUUCGAGAAGGCCUCCACACAAGCAUCACAGAAGAAAUAUAAGUGCAGUAUCUGCCAAGGAAAUUAGGUCAAACCUGGCUCAAGAAGAUCAAGAUAUUGCGACGAAUAUUGAACAUGGUAAUGAAGAUGAUGCUGAAGAAGAAGAUUUUUUGGAAGCUGAUGUGACCCCUGACCCUGUUCUUUACAAGGAAUUAGAAUCAGUUUGUCAGCAAUCGGCCCCCGAUAUCAAUGCUUCAACACAGCAGAACCGCAUUCUAGAUUUCUUCAUCAACCUUGCCAUAUGCAACACUGUGGUACUUUCUACUGAUAAUCCAGAACUGAAGAAAGUACCAGAAGAUAGUACGGCAUCAAGCGCUAUGCCUACUGGGAAAUUUCGUAGCUUAACCGAGGAUAAUCAUCCAGAAGCAAUAAGCAAUGUUUAUACAAUCAGUGAUGGCCAAGUAUCUGACGACAGCAGUUCUAAUUUAAAUAACCCCAACAAUGCUGGCAAUUCUCAGAUUCCAAGCUUUUUUUCAAAUGAAUAUUUGAGGAAAAUUCAUUAUGAAGCAGAAUCACCUGAUGAAGCAGCAUUAGUCUAUGCAGCACAUGCAUACGGUUGUUCACUUGCACAUCGGACAUCUUCCACUGUAACAGUAGCAAUGCCAAAGAAUGACGUACCUGUGACCUUUGAGGUACUUCAUACUCUCACGUUUGACUCCACUCGCAAGAGAAUGUCUGUCGUUGUCCGUGAUCCGAGGACCAAUCAGUAUGUGUUAUAUUCAAAAGGAGCUGAUAGUACAAUACUUAACUUAUUGAAAAGUCAUUCAGCAGAACCCAACAUAAUGACAGAUUUUGGCAAUUCCCCAGCAUUUCGAUUUUAUCAAGAAAGCAAUUCGCCUAAAGUUUGUUCGGACACGACAGCUUUAUGUGACCAAUAUGCAAGAACUGGACUUCGAACACUGUGCAUCGCUAAAAGAGUCCUGACAGAAGCAGAAUAUAGAGAGUGGGAAACAGUUCACAGGCAAGCUGAACAAGCAAUGGAAAACAGAGAAGAAAAAAUUUAUAAUUCAUAUAUUCAGAUUGAAAAAGAUCUUGAACUUCUUGGUGCAACUGGCAUUGAAGACAGGUUACAAGAUGGUGUUCCAGAGACAAUAGAAUCCUUACGUAAAGCAGGUAUGCAAGUCUGGGUGAUAACUGGUGAUAAACAAGAGACAGCAGUCAACAUUGGCUACUCGUGCAAGUUGAUUGAACCAUCUGAUGAGAUUAUCUAUCUCAAUGCUCGAUCCGAGAGUGAACUGCAGCAAAUGUUAGAGCAACAUAUUAAUCAACAAGAAGAAAGAAGAGGACCGUUAGCGGAAAUUCCACCUGAUCCAAAUGCUUCCGUUCUAUCAUUUAAUGCUCUUGUUGUACGCUUCCGAUCCAACAGCCAACCUUCAUCUUCUAAUCAUGAUUCUAAUCAUCCACCUCUCGGUAUUGUUAUUGAUGGAAGCACUUUGGAUUUUGCUUUAUCGAAAGAAUUACAAAAGAAUUUCAUCAACUUGGCAAGAAGAUGUCAUUCCGUACUUGUAUGCCGUGCAACUCCGCUGCAGAAAGGUGAAGUUGUCAAACUCGUGAAAGAACAACUUCAUGUUAUGACUCUUGCUAUCGGUGAUGGUGCAAAUGAUGUGAGCAUGAUUCAAGUUGCUGACAUUGGUGUUGGAAUAUCUGGGCAGGAAGGAAUGCAGGCUGUAAUGAGUAGUGAUUUCGCAAUGGCUAGAUUUCGAUUCUUGCAAAGAUUACUUCUUGUUCAUGGGCAUUGGAAUUAUCAAAGACUGGCGAUGAUGGUGCUAUAUUUCUUUUAUAAAAAUGCGGCAUUUGUCUUUUUGAUAUUUUGGUUUCAAUUUUUCUGUGGAUAUUCUGGGGCCAAUCCUAUCGAGCAGUGGUAUCUUUUACUAUACAGUCUUGCGUUCACGAGUCUUCCUCCUCUCAUUAACGGAGUGUUAGAUAAAGACGUGUCCGCAGAUACUUUAUUGAAAAAACCAAGACUUUAUCUGCAGGGAAUCAACUGUGAGAUGUAUACACCUCGUUCUUUCUGGAUUAAUAUAAUCGAUGCCAUUUAUCAGAGUAUAGCAAUAUUUUUUAUUCCAUAUUUUACAUACAUUGAUAGUGAUGUUGGUAUGAUUACUUGGGGAACACCUGUUACAACAGCAUGUAUGUUUGCCAAUCUUAUUCAUCUCGGGAUUGAAACUAAAACAUGGACAUGGAUUCAUUGGGCAGGACAAUUGUUCAGCAUCAUCCUGUUUUUUGCGUUUUCUCUUGUUUACAAUUCUCUGUGUCCUUAUUGUUUUCCUCCGUCCAAUCCAUACUGGAUUAUGGAAACUCUCGUUACAACGACCAAUUUUUGGUUUUCGGUCAUGCUUGCUACCGCUGUAGCCGUGUUACCAAGAUAUAUCAUCAGAAGCUUACAGUCUUCACUGUGGCCCACAGAAUGUCAAAGAGAAAGGGUGUUGGAGAAAUUAGCGAAGAAAAAAGUUGUCCCAUCGCCAAACUCUACAGCAACCACAUCUAUGAAUGGAAACUCUGGAGAUAGCAGCUCUAGCACGUAUCAGAACGGAACGUAUGAUGGGAACCAUUCAAACGCAGUUGAUGCUCUUCGUUAUCCCUUUUCCAAUAAUGGUGACGCGUUAUAUCAGGAGAUUCCACCGCAAAAUGCUAAUCAAAAUAACGGAAAAAUUAUAGAUGGUGAAAUACAGCCUACAACACCUCAAGAAAUUUCAGGUAUUUCUUCAGCUUCUAAUGUCACCCACGGGUUGACUAAUCCAGCAUAUGUAGAAGAUCAUGCUAGGCACGUACCUGAUUCCGAUGUUGAAGUUGAUGAUAAUUCCCAGGCUUCGAAGGAACCUGAAACAGGAGAAACUCCCCCCACAUUGGCAGCAAAUUUUUCUUCCGAAAAUGUUGUAGCGCCACCGAUAUCAUCGACACCAACAUUACAUGCACACUUUAGAAGCGAUGCACAUUUGACAUCUACCUACAAUUAUGUCGAAGAUGAAGAAAUUACUUCGCAUGAAGGCAUGCCACCGGUUGUAGACACUGUGUCUAUAGAAAGUGGAAGUCAGACAUCUAUAACUUCUAUUAAUCUAAGAAAGCAUGCUUCAAGACCAACUACAGAAACGACUAUGCCGUCUAAAAUAUAUGUUAGCUCUAAUAACACUGUAGACGAUUACCAUGCCCAGUUGCUGAUAAGCCAGCUUCCUAAUAUGGCCGCUGGAAGUUCGACAAAUAUAUCUUCUCAUCAAGAAGAUGAAAGUAACCUGUACCACACUGUGGCAUAGCGACUUGGGCUUCGUUCUUAUUUAAAUUUUUGGAAAUUCUUCAAUUUACUGUAUGUAGUACAUUAUGAAAAACUAUUUCAGUGCUAUUUUUUUUUCUUGAAGCUUGAUAUUCUGUGAAAUUAAAGCAAAUUUCAUGUUGUUUAGUGGCCUUUUCUCACUAAUAUCGUAAAAUCUUAAGUAGACCUUUUUAUGCUUUUUUGCUAGAAUACAUUUUGUGUUAAUACUAUAUACCUUUUUAAAUUUUUUAUGGUGGCUAUUUGAAAAACAGACGACUUAGUGCCUUGAAUCGACUUUUUGAAGAAAGACACUUUUAGAUAUCUGUCAGCCAAGAUUUGAUUAUUACAUCUGACCUUUUUUUAUAUUUUUUGAUUAUCAGCUUGUUACCAUGUUAGUUGUCUUAAUGUUUUUGAUAUUAUGAACAUUCGAUAGUGCCUUUCGUUUUAUAUUUUGAUUUAUGAAGCAUUUUCAUUUUCUUAAUGCUUUAUUGAAAAAAGCGAUUUGAAAUUUCAGAUGUAAAAUUGUCGUAUGUUGGUCAGAACUACUAUUGUUCUAUCUUAUCCCACAAAUGAGCAGAACUGGAUAUCUAGAUGAGCAAAUCUUGAUCAUCGUACUAAAUUAAUAAUUCUGGCUUGUGUUAGCUGAUAUCUGAAUUUUUUUAAAGUACAUGGCUUAUGUUUUUGAACAUUUCAGGCCUCGUUCUCAAAAUGUAUUAUCCAGUGAGUUUUCUUACUUUUGAGCAAGUUUUAGAUUAAUAUUGUACAUUUAUCGGAUUUUUUUUUGGCUAUUCUCUGGAAAUGUACCAUGAUAAGUCUUUUUUCAAAUUUCUGAAAUGUCGAAACUCUGAUUUGAUAUACGGUAAUAUUAAAAACACAAGGGUCCUUAUUCAAAAUAUACAAUGUUUAAAUAUAAGUCGUCAAAUGACUAAUAGAUCUAGAAGUAACUUCUCUCCUAUAUAUCAGAAGUUUUUCUGCUUUUUUACGGCUCCUAACCUUUAGUAAAUUUUUCAUGAAAAAAUAAACCAACAAUUUAGUAAGUAAAACAAAACUGCAGUAUAUAUAGUCACGUAGCUUAUCUUGUUUUAACUUAUUUUUUCUUACAAGUUUUGAGAAGCAAAAAAAUGUACUAUACAAAUACUAAGUUCCUGAUAUAGAAUUAUGUACUUAUAUAUUUUUUUCUUCUUUAUUGAAUAUUUUUGCGCAUGCAUUGGUGUUCCUAUAAGGUCUUGAUCUUUAUGACACAGCAUUGUUGAUCGAUUUAACAAUAUUUCGAGAACAUCAGACAGUAACUUUUGCAGUCUUUUGAAUCAAACUGUUACUACGUUGAAACUUAUCCAUGGUUUUAACAGGCCAUAAAUGAAUGCUAUGCAUUCCAAGCUUGAUCUCUGAAAAAUUAUUCAAAUUGUGAUGCCAAGUACAUAAGCUUUUACUAUUUCAGUCUUGUAAUAUGUAAUUUAAAUUCUGAACUGCUCACACCUAUCCUGAUCAAUUUUCCAUUUAUUUAUAAAAACUUUCAUAAUAAGAAAAAAUUAUAAGCAAAACAAUAGUCUCGGAAUGUAAUACCUCAUAACAAUGUAAGGUCACAUGUUUUUCUGAACUCGCCUACAUUUGCCAAAUCAGCGUGAAUUAAUAUUCAAUAUUUCUUUGCCAAUCUUACAAUAUUUAGCUAUUCCGAUGCUAAAAAUAAAUAUACAUUCCAAAAAGUUUUCAUAAAAUGUGAUAACGGAGAAAACUUUAUUCGCGUCAUUACCUUACAAUUUUUAUUUUUGAGAAGCAAAAUUAAAAAGUGAAUUAAUUUCUCAUAUUUCUGAACGUUUUUUUUUAAAAACAUUCACAGGACUGUAUAUCUUUCAGAUACUUAAUUAAAGGGGCAUAUUAUCACUUUAUUUUGUUUUACUUUAUCUAUAUUUAAUUACCUUUUUUUUUGCUUGAAAACUAUCUAAAAAUUUAUCUCCUGCACCUAAUUAAUUUUAUCGUAAUUAUGAUUUUUAUCUUUAAAAUUCUUAUCUUAGUUUGACUAAAUUUAAAAAGUAUGUUUAACCAAGCCUGGACCAUUGAUGGAUCGCGCCUUGACGGCGCGAUUCAUCAAUGGGCCAAGCUUGGUUAGGUGAUUCUAGGAUUUUGGACGGGUAGAUAAUUUAGAAAGCUAGAAUGGGGAUACCAUUGUCAUAUAUUCCUUUUUCACAACAGAAAAUUUUUCUUUGAAUAACCCACCAGUUUUCUGUACUAUGUAAUAACGGCAUAUAAAAUAAGGGCAAUUUUAAUUCAUUAUAUUAUUAUAUGCAAUAAUAAUUUCACUUUCUAGCUUUGUGAUAUACUGUCGUUGUGCCAGGUUAUUAAACAACAUUCCUAUAAUGUAUGCGCAGACGAAAAUAACGGCAAUUUUGUUAGUUUUUGUACUUUAAGUGUAGUUUUCGUUUUGUAAAGUGAUUUCAUAAUUUAGUCAAUUUAUUGACUAAGUUUAUUUAAUAAAGCAAAUAUACUGAUGCGGAAUUAAAUAUAGCGCAAUGACAAUGCAA